AUGACUGGUCUUCCUAUUCUUGAUCCCUGUAUCUCGUUCUGGCAACAGACGACAAGAUCAUAUCCUUACCUCAACCACAACGAUGAGGCUCCCGUACCGAAAACCGCGAGAUAUGUCAUUAUUGGCUCAGGAAUCUCUGGCGCAUUAACGGCCUUUAAGCUGGUCGAGGGCGGUGUAACAGCAUCAGGCAUUGUCAUACUCGAAGCAAGGGAAGCAGCUAGCGGUGCCAGCUCUCGCAAUGCAGGACAUAUUCGACCAGACGCCUUUCGCGGUUUCACGGUCUACAAAUCAUUACACGGCGAGGAGCAGGCCUUGAAGAUCAUCGCCAACGAGAGGACCGUGUUCCUUGCAGUCGAUGACUUCGCGAAGAAGCACAACGUCCCAUUCGAUUUUGUCCCGACAACCACCUUUGAUGUUUGCCUGACUCAGGAAUUUGCAGACCAUAAUGUCAAGAGCUUCGAGGCAUACCGGAGCGCUGGCGGCGACGUUGCUCACAUCAAGUUCUACCCUGCCGAGGAAGCUCGAGAAAAAACAAGCGUCCCGCAAGCUCUAUGCGCAUACGAAUGGCCGGCAGGUUCUAGCCAUCCUGCCAAACUAGCCCAGUGGCUCCUGGCCCAAUGUAUCAGUAAAGGCGUGCAGUUCCUGACCCAUUGCCCAGCAACCUCGGUGACACCAUCAUCAUCUGGCGUAGAGCAGAUUGCUUGGGAUGUCAAAACACCGCGAGGUACUGUAACAGCGCCAACAGUUAUUCACUGCACCAAUGCCUUCGUACCGCACUUGCUGCCACAGCUAUCGUCCCUCGUUACACCAGAGCGCGCGCAGGCCCAUGCUUUCGUACCGCCUGCGGCUCUCACCGGCAACAAGGUGCUGCAGAGCACCAUCUCUCUGCGUAGGGGCCUGCGUUGGUUCUACUCGGUCAAUCAACGCCGUUCAGACGGCGUCAUCAUCCUCGGGUCCGCCUCGGCAAGCCCCAAAGUCAGUCAAGCGGCGUAUGUGGAAAGACAGACAGCCGACGACAGCGAGUAUAGCGCGGAGAUUCGCGAUGAUGCCGUUGCCAACUUCCAAGACUGUCUACCAGAAGAAGUUGCGCCACGGCGAGGGCUGCAGCACACAUGGACGGGUAUCAUUGGCAUGACGCCCGACUUGGUACCCUUUAUCGGGAGGGUUGAUGGCUCCCCAGGUCAAUGGGUGUGUGCCGGUUUCAAUGGACAUGGGAUGGCGAGAAUCUUUACGUGUGCGUCAGGCCUUGCAAAAAUGAUUUUAGGUGGAACAUGGCGGGAUACCGAGUUGCCAGAGUGUUUUGAGAUGACCUCGGACAGACUUCAAAGGUUGCGAGAACAACAGCCAAAGCAAGCGUCGAAGAUAUGA